AUGGCGGCCUCAUGGUCGCCCUUGGUUACCCUGCGCUUAACGCAGAGCCGGCUGAGAGGGAAAUGUGUUGGGUGCAGGGCUUGGGCCGCUGCUCUCACCCCUUCGGCCAUCGCCCCUGGAAACCCUCUUUGUAAAGCCUAUUCACUUCAGCCCCCUGAGAGUAUGUCUCCAACUGCUGCUACAGAGGCUUAUUCAAAAUCUUUAGCUGUUUGCCAUGGACCACUGGACCACUAUGACUUUCUGAUCAAAGCUCGUGAGCUAAAGGAUGAUGAGCAUCAAAGAAGAGUCAUACAAUGUCUGCAGAAACUGCAUGAGGACCUUAAAGGAUACAGGAUAGAGGAAGGCCUUUUUUCUAAGCUUUUUUCAAGGAGAAAACCUCCAAGGGGCCUGUAUGUUUAUGGAGAUGUGGGUAAGUGGAAAACAAUGGUGAUGGACAUGUUUUAUGCUUAUGUGGAAAUGAAGAGGAAAAAACGUGUUCAUUUUCAUGGUUUCAUGCUAGACGUUCACCAAAGGAUACACCGCCUUAAACAGAGCUUGCCAAAGAGGAAACCAGGAUUCAUGGCUAAAUCAUACGAUCCAAUAGCUCCUAUAGCUGAAGAAAUUAGUGAAGAAGCAUGUCUCUUAUGUUUUGAUGAGUUUCAGGUCACUGACAUUGCUGAUGCCAUGAUUCUGAAACAGCUUUUUGAAAAUCUGUUCAAAAACGGGGUCGUCGUUGUGGCAACAUCCAACAGGCCACCGGAAGAUCUCUAUAAAAAUGGACUCCAAAGAGCUAAUUUUGUCCCAUUCAUAGCUGUCCUGAAGGAAUACUGUAAUACGGUCCAACUAGAUUCUGGGAUAGAUUAUCGGAAAAGGGAGCUUCCUGCUGCAGGAAAACUCUACUACCUCACAAGUGAAGCUGAUGUGGAGGCUGUCAUGGAUAAGUUGUUUGAUGAGCUGGCUCAGAAACAAAAUGAUUUAACUAGACCAAGGAUUCUAAAAGUGCAAGGCAGAGAGCUGCGGCUGAAUAAAGCCUGUGGAACCGUUGCCGACUGCACAUUUGAAGAGCUGUGUGAGAGACCACUUGGAGCCAGUGACUAUUUGGAACUGUCAAAGAAUUUUGACACAGUAUUUUUACGAAACAUUCCACAAUUUACCCUGGCAAAGAGGACCCAAGCUCGGAGAUUCAUAACUCUCAUUGAUAACUUUUAUGAUUUCAAGGUGCGUGUAAUUUGCUCUGCAUCAGCUCCUAUAUCAAGCUUAUUUUUGUAUGAUCAUCAUGACAGUGAGUUGGAGCAAAGCAGAAUACUGAUGGAUGAUUUGGGGCUGAGCCAGGACUCAGCAGAAGGACUCGCCAUGUUUACUGGAGAAGAGGAAAUCUUUGCAUUUCAGCGCACAAUUUCCCGACUCACAGAAAUGCAGACUGAACAGUACUGGAAUGAAGGAGGUAGAAGCAAGAAGUAA